UUGUCUCUAAAAAUAUCUCCUAUCCUAUGGCACUAUUAGUUAAUUAUAAUAUUAUUGUAUUUUAGGUCUUGUUGUGUUGUUUCCCUUUUUACGAUUAGCGGUUGUCGCAGUGUGUUGCUGUUUCGGACUUCGCUGUGAUCGUGGGAGUUCGAGAGCAGCCUUUCAUCAACCUCGAGACCUGUGAGCCUCGUCAACCAAAGACCCAGGUUCUCAUGUAGAACUGAUGAAGAAACCUGAAGGUGCUUAUGCUCAGCUAAUCCACCUCCAAGGGACUCAACAGGAAGCUGAAGCCCCUAAUGACGACCCUGACAUGAUAAUACGAAGCGGUUCGGGUUCUAGGUCUAUAAAUAUAAAACCAAGAAGCCAAAGUACCUCAUUUAGGAGAUCAUCAAUUACCAAAGGCUCUUUUGGGCAUAGUGGUAGGCAUCCUAUUCCUGCUCCCCUUGACUUUUCAGAUCCCAUGGAAUUCGAGGAUGAUCUGGGCAAGGAGAUUACAGACAAAGUGUCUAGUGGCCAGAAGAAAGCUUCAAUCAGUCGGCUAUUCUAUCUGAACAAACCGGAAGCUUUCGUUCUUGCACUUGGUUCUGUAACUGCUGCAAUGCAUGGACUCGUAUUUCCAGCAUUUGGUAUAUUGAUUUCAAGUGCAAUAAAGACCUUUUAUGAGCCACCAUCAGAACUGCUGAAGGAUUUCAGGUUCUGGGCAAGCAUGUUUGUUGUCAUGGGAGCUUCCGCAUUUGUUCUGAUUCCAACCGAGUACUUCCUCUUUGGAUUAGCAGGUGGGAAGCUUGUGGAACGUAUACGUUCACUGACAUUCCAAAGUGUCAUGCACCAGGAGAUCAACUGGUUUGACAAACCUGAACACUCUAGUGGAUCAAUUGGUGCAAGGCUAUCUGUUGAUGCUCUGAAUGUGAAGCGCCUUGUCGGGGACAAUUUGGCACUUAAUGUACAGACUUUAUCAACCAUCAUAUCAGGUUUUGCAAUUGCAAUGGUGGCAAACUGGAAGCUGGCAUUGAUUAUAACAGUGGUAGUUCCUUUGGUGGGCUUCCAAGCCUAUGCUCAAAUGAAGUUCCUAAAAGGUUUCAAUAAAACCGCAAAGCUAAAGUAUGAAGAGGCAAGUCAAAUAGCAACUGAUGCAGUCGGAGGCAUCAGAACUGUAGCUUCGUUUUGUGCUGAACAGAAGGUGAUGGAAGCCUAUGCGAAGAAAUGUGAAUCUCCAGUAAGGCAAGGAAUAAGGGAAGGUGUUGUUGGUGGCUUGGGAUUUGGCUUCUCCUUCCUUGUGUUCUACUUCACUUAUGCUCUCUGCUUCUAUGUUGGAGCAAAGUUUGUUCAGCAAGGAGUAGCAACGUUUCCUGAUGUGUUUAGGGUCUUCUUUGUAUUAGUUCUGGCUACCAGUGGAAUCUCGCGUACAAGUGCAAUAGGCGCAGACAGCACCAAGGCUAAUGAAUCGGCGGUCUCCAUCUUCGAAAUCCUCGACCGUAAAUCGAAGAUUGAUUCCAGCAGCGAGGAGGGCGUGGUUGUUGCAAGUGUGAGGGGUGACAUUGAGUUUCAAAACGUGUGCUUCAGUUACCCACUACGCCCAAAUAUUCAAAUAUUCAAAGAUCUCUCCUUGAGCAUCCCCUCUGGAAAGACUGUUGCACUGGUCGGAGAGAGCGGAAGCGGGAAGUCCACCGUGAUCGCGCUGCUCGAAAGGUUCUACGACCCAGAUUCCGGCAAGAUCCUCUUCGACGGGGUGGACCUCAAGACACUGAGAGUCGGCUGGCUCCGUCUGCAGAUGGGGCUCGUGGCGCAGGAGCCGGUCCUGUUCAACGACACCAUACGCGCCAACAUAGCCUACGGGAAGCAAGGAGAAGGGUCAGAGGCGGCGGAGGAGGAGAUCAGGGCCGCCGCCGAGACGGCGAACGCACACCAGUUCAUCUCGGCGCUGCCCGACGGGUACGACACGGUGGUCGGCGAGCGGGGGGUCCAGCUCUCCGGCGGGCAGAAGCAGCGCGUGGCCAUCGCGAGGGCCAUCGUGAAGGACCCCAGGGUGCUGCUGCUGGACGAGGCGACGAGCGCGCUGGACGCGGAGUCGGAGCGCGUGGUGCAGGAGGCGCUGGACAGGGUGAUGGUGGGCAGGACGACCGUGGUGGUGGCGCACCGCCUGUCGACGGUCAGGGGCGCGGACGUCAUCGCCGUCCUCGGGAACGGGGCGGUGGCGGAGAAGGGCCGGCACGACGAGCUGAUGCGGAUAAAGGAUGGGGCCUAUGCUUCGCUCGUUGAGCUUAGCUCAAGUUCGAUGUAAUUAACCUUUUCAAGCCUAGACAAAUCACUCUUAGAUAUUUGACACCGAUUGUCACCAUUAGACUUCGCCGGCUGUUAUUGAAAAGGGUUAAUGUUUACAUGUAAAUUUGCAGUAGGAAGAGCUUUAUAGUGUGUUUAGUCAAACGCUCAUUUUUAUCUAUAUAAAUUUCAUCGAAGGAAAUAUAUACAUACAUC